AUGGGAAGAUCCCUGACCGCGACACUUCCGCUAAUUCCUCUGCCGCGCGGAACGGUCCUGCUGCCCGGCCUCGCCUAUCGAAUCACCGUCAACUCCAGCCGGCCCGACCUCCCGGCCCUCCUCGCCCACGUGUACGAGCUCGCCGCAUCAAAGGGCCCCGAUGGCCGCAUCGACACCAUCCCCAUAGCAUGUGUCCCGGUCUCGUCUCCGCUGGUCGGUCCGGACGGCCAGCUGCUCAUCACCAACGGCGAGGACAUUGACAGCGCCCGCAUCGAGCCCGUCAACCCGGGCACUGCGAAGAAGGACGACCUGUUCGGCUUCGGAGUCGCGGCCAAGAUUGUCGGCAUUGACGGCCGCGGGUCCGGCGAGUUUGCGCUGCGUGUCGAGGGCUCAAGCAGAGUGAGGGUAGACUCCUUCACUCGCGAGCGGCCCUUUUUCGAGGCCACAGUCACCUACUAUGAAGACGAGAUCGACGUCACCGAUAAGCAGCUGCAAGACUUGUUCAGCCUGCUCAAGCUGCGCUCACGAGAGCUCGUCACAAUUCUUCGCAUCUCCUCUCUGCUGCCUCGCACAGGCGGCCCCUCCCUCUCACCCGCAGUCACAAAGCGAUUAGAGAUGCUCAUCAUCAGAAGAGAAUUAAAGGAGGCUGGAAUGCUCGCCGACUUCAUGGCCAACCUUCUAGACGCCACUCACGAAGAGAAGCUCGGUGUCCUGGCCGCUCUUGAUCCCAAGGUCCGGCUCACAAAGGUCAUUGAGCUGUUGGAACGUCAGGUGGGGGGCAUCAAGAACAACUUCAAGAUCACUACAUUCACAACGGUCCCCGUUCAAAUCAUUGAUCGGUUGAACGAGAAUCCAUCUAGAAGGCUGCCGAAUAAUAUGAUGCCUCCGAUGGGCGGCAUGGGGCUUUUGCCACCCCCUGGGGGACAAGAUCAAAGCGAAGACCAGGAUGCUAGUGAACUCGAUGAGCUAAAGAAGAAGCUGCAGGCGGCAAAACUUCCGCCAGACGCUGCCAAGUCCGUAGACAGGGAGCUGCGGCGGCUGCAGAGGAUGCCGCCCAUGAACCAGGAGUACCAGGUGACAAGGAAUUGGCUCGAGACGAUAUCCGAAAUCCCCUGGACGACCACUACAAAUGACCGCCUGGGGCCCGAUACGUUAAUAAAGGCCCGGCAACAGCUUGAUCACGACCACUACGGCCUGGACAAGGUCAAGAGGAGGCUCAUCGAGUACCUGGCUGUAUUGCGCCUCAAGCAAUCCAUCAACGACGAUUUGGAGGAGCAGAUCCGCAAGGCGGAAGCUGAUGCGGCUGCCGCCGACAAAACUCUCACGGAUGGCACCAUCAGAGACACUAAGCCAGAGGAGGUUGUCAAGAACAGCGUUAGUCGUAAGGAGGCAUCAGACUCCGAACUCACCAAGCUCCAAGUGCUCAAGUCGAAGCGCGCCGUCGACAAGUCUCCCAUCAUGCUGCUCAUUGGGCCCCCGGGUGUCGGCAAGACAAGCCUGGCCAAGUCGGUUGCGACUGCUCUGGGCCGCAAGUUCCACCGCAUCUCCUUAGGCGGCGUCCGUGACGAGGCAGAAAUCCGUGGCCACAGGCGGACAUACGUGGCGGCCAUGCCAGGGCUCAUCGUACAGGGCCUGAGGAAGGUCGGUGUUGCGAAUCCCGUCUUCCUGCUCGACGAGAUCGACAAGAUUGGCUCGGCAAGCGUCCAUGGGGAUCCCUCGGCCGCCAUGCUGGAAGUUCUGGACCCCGAGCAGAACCACAGCUUCCAGGACCACUACGUGGGCAUGCCCGUCGAUCUGUCCAAGGUCCUCUUUAUUGCCACCGCCAACAGUCUCGACACCAUUCCCGGCCCCCUGCUGGACCGCAUGGAGAUGAUCUACCUCCCCGGCUACACCACGCUUGAGAAGCGCCACAUCGCCAUCCAGCACCUGAUUCCGAAGCAGCUCAAGGCCAACGGAUUGGCCGAAGACCAAGUCGAGUUCACCCCGGAGGUGGUAUCCAAAAUUAUUGAGUCGUACACCCGUGAGUCAGGGGUUCGCAAUCUGGAACGUGAGAUUGGCUCUGUAUGUCGCGCCAAGGCUGUCGAGUACGCUGAGGCGAGAGACAACGGCACCCUUGACAAGUACCGGCGCCAGGUCACCGUUGACGACCUCGAGAGCAUCCUGGGCAUCGAGAAGUAUGAGGAGGAAAUUGCCGAAAAGACGAGCCGCCCGGGCAUCGUCACGGGGCUUGUCGCCUACAGCACCGGCGGCAACGGCAGCAUCCUCUUCAUUGAGGUGGCCGACAUGCCCGGCAACGGACGCGUCCAGCUUACCGGCAAGCUGGGCGAUGUUCUCAAGGAGAGUGUGGAGGUUGCUCUCACAUGGGUCAAAGCGCAUGCGUAUGAGCUCGGCCUCACUUCCGACCCGCACGUCGACAUCAUGAAGGAUCGCAGCAUUCACGUCCACUGUCCUUCCGGAGCAAUUCCCAAGGACGGACCCAGCAGUGGCAUCGGUCAAGCCAUUGCCCUGAUUUCGCUCUUCUCUGGCAAGCCGGUGCCACCUACAAUGGCCAUGACGGGCGAGAUAUCCCUCCGCGGCCGGGUCACCGCUGUCGGAGGUAUCAAGGAAAAACUCAUCGGUGCCCUCCGAGCGGGGGUUAAGACGGUGUUACUGCCAGCGCAGAACCGCAAGGACGUCAAGGACCUGCCUCAGGAGGUCAAGGACGGGUUGGAGAUUUUGUAUGUUAGCCAUAUUUGGGAUGCGAUCCGACUGGUCUGGCCCGAUUCCCACUGGGCCGAGGACCACCAAUUUGCCGGCGUCGAAAGCCGUCUGUAA